AUGACAUUUGAAGUAAAUACAUCUAUAUUACCGAACGCAGACGGCUCGGCAGAACUUGUAUACACCAAUAACGGCACAAAAGUUCUCUGUUCCGUUUCCGGUCCUAUUGAACCCAAACCACGUCAAGAACUUCCACAACAAGCGAGUCUUGAAAUAAUCGUGCGACCUGCUCGUGGUCUUUCUACCACAAGGGAAAAGUUGAUUGAAGAUAAAUUACGUUCGCUUUUACAAAACAUUAUAAUCAGAUACAAGUAUCCGCGACAAUUGAUCCUGAUUGUUGUGCAAUUCUUGGUGGUUGAUGAGGAUCCAGUAUACUUGACGAACGAGUUGAGUGCUGCUAUCAACUGCUGUUUCUUUGCAUUGGUAGAUGCCGAUGUUGCCUUAUACUGGAGUUUUGCUAGUGUUGCCGUAUGUAUCAAGGGAGAUGGUUCAGGAGAUGGUGAACAAUUAAUCAAGAGUCCCACAGGGAAAGAAAUUGCGCAAAGUGAUUCUUUCCAUGUAGUGUGUUUUGGAAUCGAGAAUGGCAAGGUGGAGAAAUUGUUAUUGUUGGAGAGUGCAGGUGACUUUACCGAACUGCAGUUGUUUGAUAUGUUGGGCCAGACCGUGGGGGAUGUGGAAAGUUUACAUCAAUUGCAAAGGAAAGCUAUUACAAAGAAAGUUGAAGGUGAUUAUAUAUGGAGAGGUCCCAUUGAACAAGAAAGCUGA